AUGGGUGUCGGCCAGAGGAAGCUGGCCCCACUCUGGACCCUGGCUCUUGCUCUGGCCUGCACCCGGCACACAGGCCAUGCCCAGGACGGCUCCUCCGAAUCCAGCUACGAGCACCACCCUGCCCUCUCUCCCAUCGCCCAGGGACCUGGUGGGGUCCCGCCCCGUGGGGUGACUCUCUUCCCGCCUCUGAGGACCAUCCCCGUGGUACGAGCCUCCAACCCGGCACACAACGGGCGGGUGUGCAGCACCUGGGGCGACUUCCACUACAAGACCUUCGACGGCGACGUCUUCCGCUUCCCCGGCCUCUGCAACUACGUGUUCUCCGAGCACUGCGGCGCCGCCUACGAGGACUUCAACGUCCAGCUGCGCCGCAGCCAGGAGUCAGCAGCCCCCACGCUGAGCAGGGUCCUCAUGAAGGUGGAUGGCGUGGUCAUCCAGCUGACCAACGGCUCUGUCCUGGUCAACGGCCGCCCGGUCCUGCUGCCCUUCAGCCAGUCUGGGGUCUUCAUUCAGCAGAGCAGCAGCUACACCAAGGUGGAGGCCAGACUGGGCCUUGUCCUCAUGUGGAACCACGAUGACAGUCUGCUGCUGGAGUUGGACGCCAAAUAUGCCAACAAGACCUGUGGGCUCUGUGGAGACUUCAACGGGAUGCCCGUGGUCAGCGAGCUCCUCUCCCACAACAUCAAGCUGACUCCCAUGGAGUUUGGGAACCUGCAGAAGAUGGACGACCCCACGGAGCAGUGUGAGGACCCUGUCCCUGAACCCCCGAGGAACUGCUCCACUGGCUCUGGCAUCUGCGAGGAGCUCCUGAAUGGUCAGCUGUUCUCCAGCUGUGUGGCCCUGGUGGACGUCGGCAGCUACCUGGAGGCCUGCAGGCAAGACCUCUGCUUCUGCGGAGGCACCGACCUGCUCAGCUGCGUCUGCCACACCCUCGCGGAGUACUCCCGGCAGUGCGCCCACGCCGGGGGGCUGCCCCAGGACUGGCGGGGCCCUGACCUCUGCCCCCAGACGUGCCCCAGCAACAUGCAGUACCACGAGUGCCGCUCCCCCUGCACAGACACCUGCUCCAACCAGGAGCACUCCCGGGCCUGCGAGGACCACUGUGUGGCCGGCUGCUUUUGCCCUGAGGGGACGGUGCUCGAUGACGUCGGCCAGACCGGCUGUGUCCCUGCGUCACAGUGUGCCUGCGUCUACAACGGCACUGCCUAUGCCCCGGGGGCCACCUACUCCACAGACUGCACCAACUGCACCUGCUCCGGAGGCCGGUGGAGCUGCCAGGAGGUUCCAUGCCCGGGUACCUGCUCUGUGCUUGGAGGUGCCCACUUCUCGACGUUUGACGAGAGGCACUACACGGUGCACGGGGACUGCGGCUAUGUGUUGACCAAGCCCUGUGACAGCAGUGCCUUCACUGUACUGGCUGAGCUGCGCAGGUGUGGGCUGACGGACAGCGAGACCUGCCUGAAGAGCGUGACACUGAGCCUGGACGGGGCGCAGACGGUGGUGGUGAUCAAGGCCAGCGGGGAAGUGUUCCUGAACCAGAUCUACACCCAGCUGCCCAUCUCUGCAGCCAACGUCACCAUCUUCAGACCUUCGACCUUCUUCAUCAUCGCCCAGACCAACCUGGGCCUGCAGCUGGACCUGCAGCUGGUACCCACCAUGCAGCUGUUCGUGCGGCUGGCGCCCAAGCUCCGAGGGCAGACCUGCGGUCUCUGUGGGAACUUCAACAGCAUCCAGGCCGAUGACUUCCGGACCCUCAGUGGGGUGGUGGAGGCCACGGCCGCAGCCUUCUUCAACACCUUCAAGACCCAGGCCGCCUGUCCCAACAUCAGGAACAGCUUCGAAGACCCCUGCUCCCUGAGUGUGGAGAACGUCCCCAGGAUGGGUGCCCUGAGCACGUGCCGGACGCUGGUGUUGGCUCUGGCGGCCGUGCUCCUGGUGCAGCAGGCAGAGACCCAGGGCCCUGCGGAGCCGAGCUGGGGCAGUGCAGGGCACACCACAGAUGGCGGCGCCCCGACGUCCUCGCCCACCCGGCGUGUGAGCUUUGUUCCACCCGUCACUGUCUUCCCCAGCCUGAGCCGUAAGCAGACGCCGUCCCUGCCGGCUGGGAAGGGGGUGUUUGCCAGCCCCAAAGGUGGGGGCCCAGAUCUAGGGGUGCAGCUGCCACCAGCCCUGAACCCGGCACACAACGGGCGGGUGUGCAGCACCUGGGGCGACUUCCACUACAAGACCUUCGACGGUGACGUCUUCCGCUUCCCUGGCCUCUGCAACUACGUGUUCUCUGAGCACUGCGGCGCCGCCUAUGAGGACUUCAACGUCCAGCUACGCAGAGGCCUGGUGGGCUCCAGGCCUGUGGUCACCCGUGUUGUCAUCAAGGCCCAGGGGCUGGUGCUAGAGGCGUCCAAUGGCUCUGUCCUCGUCAACGGGCAGCGGGAGGAGCUGCCUUACAGCCGCACUGGGCUCCUGGUGGAGCAGAGCGGGGACUACGUCAAGGUCAGCAUCCGGCUGGUCCUGACCUUCCUGUGGAACGGAGAGGACAGUGCCCUGCUGGAGCUGGACCCCAAAUACGCCAACCAGACCUGUGGCCUGUGCGGGGACUUCAACGGCCUCCCAGCCUUCAACGAGUUCUAUGCCCACAACGCCAGACUGACCCCGCUCCAGUUUGGGAACCUGCAGAAGUUGGAUGGGCCCACGGAGCAGUGCCCGGACCCGCUGCCCUUGCUGGCCAGCAACUGCACAGAUGAGGAAGGCAUUUGCCACCACACCCUGCUGGGGCCGGCCUUUGCAGAGUGCCACGCACUGGUGGACAGCGCCCCAUACCUGGCUGCCUGCGCCCAGGACCUGUGCCGCUGCCCCACCUGCCCGUGCGCCACCUUUGUGGAAUACUCACGCCAGUGCGCCCACGCGGGGGGCCAGCCGCAGAACUGGAGGCACCCUGAGCUCUGCCCCCGGACCUGCCCCGUCAACAUGCAGCACCGGGAGUGUGGCUCACCCUGCGUGGACACCUGCUCCAACCCCCAGCGUGCGCAGCUCUGCGAGGACCACUGUGUGGACGGCUGCUUCUGCCCCCCAGGCAGGUCUCGCAUGUUUUCAGGUCCCUGCACGGUGCUGGAUGAUGUCACGCACUCUGGCUGCCUGCCCCUCGGGCAGUGCCCCUGCACCCACGGUGGCCGCACCUACAGCCCGGGCGCCUCCGUCAACACCACCUGCAGCUCCUGCACCUGCUCUGGGGGGCUGUGGCAGUGCCAGGACCUGCCGUGCCCUGGCACCUGCUCCGUGCAGGGCGGGGCCCACAUCACCACCUAUGACGAGAAACUUUACGACCUGCAUGGCGACUGCAGCUACGUUCUCUCCAAGAAAUGUACUGAUGGCAGCUUCACCGUGCUGGCCGAACUGCGGAAGUGUGGACUGACGGACAACGAGAACUGCCUGAAGGCCGUGACGCUCAGCCUAGACGGCGGGGACACGGCCAUCCGGGUCCAGGCAGACGGCAGCGUGUUCCUCAACUCCAUCUACACGCAGCUGCCCCUGUCGGCAGCCAACAUCACCCUGUUCACACCCUCGAGCUUCUUCAUCGUGGUGCACACAGGCCUCGGGCUGCAGCUGCUGGUGCAGCUGGUGCCGCUCAUGCAGGUGUUUGUCAGGCUGGACCCCGCCCACCAGGGCCAGAUGUGCGGCCUGUGUGGGAACUUCAACCAGAACCAGGCUGACGACUUCGCAGCCCUCAGCGGGGUGGUGGAGGCCACAGGCGCAGCCUUCGCCAACACCUGGAAGGCCCAGGCCGCCUGCGCCAAUGCCAGGAACAGCUUUGAGGACCCCUGCUCCCUCAGUGUGGAGAAUGAGAACUACGCCCGGCACUGGUGCUCACGCCUGACUGACCCCACCGGCUCCUUCUCGCGCUGCCACUCUGUCAUCAACCCCAAGCCCUUCCACUCGAACUGCCUGUUUGACACCUGCAACUGUGAGCGGAGCGAGGACUGCCUGUGCGCCGCGCUGUCCUCCUAUGUGCACGCCUGUGCCGCCAAAGGCGUGCAGCUCAGCGGCUGGAGGGACGGCGUCUGCACCAAGUACAUGCAGCACUGCCCCAAGUCCCAGCGCUAUGCCUACGUGGUGGACGCCUGCCAGCCGACUUGCCGAGGCCUGAGUGAGGCCGACGUCACCUGCAGCGUUUCCUUUGUGCCUGUGGACGGCUGCACCUGCCCCACGGGCACCUUCCUCAAUGACGCGGGCGCCUGUGUGCCCGCCCGGGAGUGCCCCUGCUAUGUUCACGGCACCGUGCUGGCUCCUGGGGAGGUCGUGCACGACGAAGGCGCUGUGUGUUCGUGUGAGGGUGGGAAGCUGAGCUGCCUGGGAGCCUCUCUGCAGAAAAGCACAGGGUGUGUGGCCCCCAUGGUGUACCUGAACUGCAGCAACAGCUCGGCGGGCACCCCUGGGGCCGAGUGCCUCCGGAGCUGCCACACGCUGGACGUGGGCUGUUUCAGCACACACUGCGUGUCCGGCUGUGUCUGUCCCCCGGGGCUGGCCACCUACAAACCUGGAGACACCAUCAGGGUCGACUGCAACACCUGCACCUGCAGGAACCGGAGGUGGGAGUGCAGCCACCGGCUCUGCCUAGGCACCUGCGUGGCCUAUGGGGAUGGCCACUUCAUCACCUUUGAUGGCGAGCGUUACAGCUUUGAAGGCAGUUGCGAGUACAUCCUGGCCCAGGACUACUGUGGGGACGACGCCACCCAUGGGACCUUCCGCAUCGUCACGGAGAACAUCCCCUGUGGGACCACCGGCACCACCUGCUCCAAGGCCAUCAAGCUCUUCGUGGAGGUGAGAGCGGCCCCGGCUGUGACCCCUGACCCUGCAGCCAGCGAGCCGGCCCCCAGGGAAGCUUCGGUCAGCUUCCGGCCGCGUCUGCCUCCCCUGCAGAGCUACGAGCUGAUCCUCCAGGAGGGCGCCUUUAAGGCAGUGGCGAGGGGGCCGGGCGGGGACCCGCCCUACAAGAUCCGCUACAUGGGGAUCUUCCUGGUCAUCGAGACCCGCGGGAUGGCCGUGUCCUGGGACCGGAAGACCAGCGUGUUCAUCCGACUGCACCAGGACUACAAGGGCAGGGUCUGCGGCCUGUGCGGGAACUUCGACGACCAUGCCAUCAAUGACUUUGCCACGCGUAGCCGGUCCGUGGUGGGGGACGCGCUGGAGUUUGGGAACAGUUGGAAGCUCUCCCCGUCCUGCCCAGACGCCCUGGCGCCCAAGGACCCCUGCACGGCCAACCCCUUCCGCAAGUCCUGGGCCCAGAAGCAGUGCAGCAUCCUCCAUGGUCCCACCUUCGCCGCCUGCCGCUCCCAGGUUGACUCCACCAAGUACUACGAGGCCUGCGUGAACGACGCAUGUGCCUGUGACUCGGGUGGUGACUGCGAGUGUUUCUGCACGGCUGUGGCUGCCUACGCCCAGGCUUGCCACGACGCAGGCCUGUGUGUGUCCUGGCGGACUCCAGACACCUGCCCUUUGUUCUGUGACUUCUACAACCCACACGGGGGCUGUGAGUGGCACUACCAGCCCUGCGGGGCACCCUGCCUAAAAACCUGCCGGAACCCCAGUGGGCACUGCCUGGUGGACCUGCCUGGCCUGGAAGGCUGCUACCCGAAGUGCCCACCCAGCCAGCCCUUCUUCAAUGAGGACCAGAUGAAGUGCGUGGCCCAGUGUGGCUGCUACGACAGGGAUGGAAACUACUAUGACGUUGGCGCAAGAGUCCCCACAGCGGAGAACUGCCAGAGCUGUAACUGCACGCCCAGUGGCAUCCAGUGCGCUCACAGCCUUGAGGCCUGCACCUGCACCUAUGAGGACAGGAUCUACGGCUACCAGGAUGUCAUCUACAACACCACCGAUGGGCUUGGUGCCUGUUUGAUCGCCAUCUGUGGAAGCAACGGCACCAUCAUCAGGAAGGCUGUGGCGUGUCCUGGAACUCCGGCCACAACGCCAUUCACCUUCACCACUAGCUGGGUCCCCCACUCCACGACAAGCCCGGCCCUCCCAGUCUCCACUGUGUGUGUCCGAGAGGUCUGCCGCUGGUCCAGCUGGUACAACGGGCACCACCCAGAGCCUGGUCUGGGAGGCGGAGACUUCGAGACGUUUGAAAACCUGAGGCAGAGAGGGUACCAGGUGUGCCCUGUGCCAGCCGACAUCGAGUGCCGGGCAGGGCAGCUUCCCGACAUGCCACUGGGAGAGCUGGGCCAGCAGGUGGACUGUGACCGCGUGAGGGGGCUGAUGUGCGCCAACAGCCAGCAGAGCCCCCCGCUCUGUCACGACUAUGAGCUGCGGGUUCUCUGCUGUGAAUACGUGCCCUGUGGCCCCUCCCUGGCCCCAGGCACCAGCCCCCAGCCCUCCCUCAGUGCCAGCACGGAGCCUGCUGUGCCUACCCCUACCCAGACCACAGCAACCGAAAAGACCACCCUGUGGGUGAUCCCGAGCAUCCAGUCAACAGCGGCCCUCACCUCACAGACUGGGUCCAGCUCAGGCCCCACGACGGUCACCUCCCUGGCCCCAGGUACCACCACCUGCCAGCCCCGGUGUCAGUGGACAGAGUGGUUUGAUGAGGACUACCCCAAGUCUGAACAACUUGGAGGGGACGUUGAGUCCUACGAUAAGAUCAGGGCUGCAGGAGGGCACUUAUGUGAGCAGCCUAAGGACAUAGAGUGCCAGGCCGAGAGCUUCCCCAACUGGCCCCUGGCUCAGGUGGGGCAGAAGGUGCACUGUGACGUCCGCUUCGGCCUGGUGUGCAGGAACUGGGAGCAGGAGGGCAUAUUCAAGAUGUGCUACAACUACAGGAUCCGGGUCCUGUGCUGCAGUGCCGACCACUGCGGGGGACGAGCCACGACCCCACCACCGGCCACAUCGCUGGAGACAGCCACCACCACCACCACCAGCACCCAGGUCCUGUUCUCAACGCUGCAGUCAACGAGUAGCCUGGGGGUGACCAGCACCACAGCAGUCCCCACCCUCUCAAAAGGACUGACAUCCCCCAGAUACACGGGCACCCUUGGUACAGCCACCACAGGAGGCCCCACGGUUCCUGCAGGCUCCACAGAACCCACUGUCCCAGGGGUGGCCACAUCCAGCAUUCCAACACACUCAGUCCUGCCAGGGACCACGGGGAGUUCGGGCACAUGGCGUCCCUCACAGCCACCCACGCCAGCCCCAACGACAAUGGCAACCUCCAGAGCUCACCUGACAGGCACAACCAGCUCCAGCUCCAAACAGCCGCUGACCACGAGCCUGGCACCGACACUCUCGAGCGAACUGUUCACCUCUCAGGCCGAGACCAGCACCCCCAGGACAGAGACGACACUGAGCCGCUUGACUGAGACCACCACUAGCCAGAGCACUACCCGCUGUCAACCGAAGUGUGAGUGGAGGACCACCCACACCUCCACAACGCUAACCACCACGGCCACCACAACCCAGGCCACUGGCUCCACGGCCACCCUCUUCACCUCAGGAACAGCUCACACCUCUAAAGUGCUGACCACCAUGGCCAUCACCACAAGCUCCACGGCCACCCCCUCCUCCAGCCCAGGGACUGCAAGCACCCUUACGGCACUUACCACAACCACCACACCCACAACCAGCGGCUACACAGUGACCCCCUCCUCCAUCCCAGGGACCACCCACACCCCCACAGUGCUGACCAACACCACCAUAACUGUGGCCACUGGCUCCAUGGCAACACCCUCCUCUAGCCCACAGACCACUGGUACACCCCCAGCACUGGCCACCACGGGCACGACAGUCACGGCCACAGGCUCCACCACCACCCCCUCCUCCACUCCAGGGACAACUCCCAUCUCUCCAGUGCUGACCACCAUGGCCACCACACCUACAGCCACCAGCACCACAGUGGCUCCCUCCUCUGCCCUAGGGACCACCUAUACACCCCCAGUGCUGUCCACCACGGCCACCACACAUGGGCGAUCCCAGCUCCCCGAGAGUCCCCGCACGGUACCCACAGCCCGGACUUCCAUGGCCACCUCGGGCACCACCCACAUCACAGAGUCAUCCACGGUGACUUCCCACACCCCAGUAGGAACCACCGGUACCACCCCACACUCAAGUCCAGCCCUGUCCAGCCCUCACACUCACAGCAGAACCACUGAGUCACCCUCUUCUCCAGGGAAGACCACCCUGGGCCUCACCACGGCCACAACCAGUGAGACCCACACCUCGACCCUGCUGCCCAGCAGCCCCACAUCGGCCCCCAUGACCCCGGUGGUAUCCACGGGCUGUGAGCCCCAGUGUGCCUGGUCAGACUGGCUGGACUACAGCUACCCCAUGUCGGGGCCCUCUGGCGGGGACUUGGAGACCUACUCCAACAUCCGCGCGGCUGGAGGGGCCGUCUGUGAGCAGCCCCUGGGCCUCGAGUGCCGCGCCCAGGCCCAGCCUGGUGUCCCCCUGCGGGAGUUGGGCCAGCUCGUGGAAUGCAGCCUGGACUUCGGCUUGGUCUGCAGGAACCGUCAGCAGGUGGGGAAGUUCAAGAUGUGCUUCAACUACGAAAUCCGUGUGUUCUGCUGCAACUACGGCCGCUGCCCCAGCACCCCGGCCACCAGCUCCACGGCCACACCCUCCUCCACUCCGGGGUCAACCUGGAUUCUCACAGAGCCAACCACUACAGCCGUCACAACAGCAGCCACGGGCUCCACGACCAUCCCCUCCUCCACUCCGGGGACCACCUGGAUCCUCACAGAGCCAACCACUACAGCCAUCACAACAGUGGUCACGGGCUCCACAGCCAUCCCCUCCUCUACUCCAGGGACUACUCAAAUCACUGAAGUUUUUCCCACCACAACCACAAUGACUGCAGCCACUGGCUCCACGGCCAACCCCUCCUCCACCCCAGGAACCACCUGGAUCCUCACAGAGCCAACCACCACUGCCACCAUAACUGUGGCCACUGGCUCCAAGGCCACGCCCUCUUCCACUCCAGCAUCAACCUGGAUUCUCACAGAGCCGACCACUACAGCCAUCACAACAGUGGCCACGGGCUCCAUGGCCACGCCUUCCUCCACUCAGGGGACGACCGGGAGCCUCACAGAACCAACCAACACUGCCACCAUAACUGUGACCACCAGCUCCACAGCCAUGCCCUCCUCCACUCCAAGGAUGACCUCAAUCCUCACAGAGCCGACCACUACAGCCAUUACAACAGUGGCCACGGGCUCCACGGCCACACCCCCCUUCACUCCGAGGACGGCCAGGAUCGUCACAGAGCCAACCACCACUGCCACCAUAACUGUGGCCACUGGCUCCACGGCCAUCCCCUCCUCCACUCCAGGGAUGACCUCGAUCCUCACAGAGCCGACCACUACAGCCAUCACAACAGUGGCCACGGGGUCCACGGCCACACCCUCCUCCACUCCAGAGACGACCGGGAUCCUCACAGAGGUCUGCCGCUGGUCCAGCUGGUACAACGGGCACCACCCAGAGCCUGGUCUGGGAGGCGGAGACUUCGAGACGUUUGAAAACCUGAGGCAGAGAGGGUACCAGGUGUGCCCUGUGCCAGCCGACAUCGAGUGCCGGGCAGGGCAGCUUCCCGACAUGCCACUGGGAGAGCUGGGCCAGCAGGUGGACUGUGACCGCGUGAGGGGGCUGAUGUGCGCCAACAGCCAGCAGAGCCCCCCGCUCUGUCACGACUAUGAGCUGCGGGUUCUCUGCUGUGAAUACGUGCCCUGUGGCCCCUCCCUGGCCCCAGGCACCAGCCCCCAGCCCUCCCUCAGUGCCAGCACGGAGCCUGCUGUGCCUACCCCUACCCAGACCACAGCAACCGAAAAGACCACCCUGUGGGUGAUCCCGAGCAUCCAGUCAACAGCGGCCCUCACCUCACAGACUGGGUCCAGCUCAGGCCCCACGACGGUCACCUCCCUGGCCCCAGGUACCACCACCUGCCAGCCCCGGUGUCAGUGGACAGAGUGGUUUGAUGAGGACUACCCCAAGUCUGAACAACUUGGAGGGGACGUUGAGUCCUACGAUAAGAUCAGGGCUGCAGGAGGGCACUUAUGUGAGCAGCCUAAGGACAUAGAGUGCCAGGCCGAGAGCUUCCCCAACUGGCCCCUGGCUCAGGUGGGGCAGAAGGUGCACUGUGACGUCCGCUUCGGCCUGGUGUGCAGGAACUGGGAGCAGGAGGGCAUAUUCAAGAUGUGCUACAACUACAGGAUCCGGGUCCUGUGCUGCAGUGCCGACCACUGCGGGGGACGAGCCACGACCCCACCACCGGCCACAUCGCUGGAGACAGCCACCACCACCACCACCAGCACCCAGGUCCUGUUCUCAACGCUGCAGUCAACGAGUAGCCUGGGGGUGACCAGCACCACAGCAGUCCCCACCCUCUCAAAAGGACUGACAUCCCCCAGAUACACGGGCACCCUUGGUACAGCCACCACAGGAGGCCCCACGGUUCCUGCAGGCUCCACAGAACCCACUGUCCCAGGGGUGGCCACAUCCAGCAUUCCAACACGCUCAGUCCUGCCAGGGACCACGGGGAGUUCGGGCACAUGGCGUCCCUCACAGCCACCCACGCCAGCCCCAACGACAAUGGCAACCUCCAGAGCUCACCUGACAGGCACAACCAGCUCCAGCUCCAAACAGCCGCUGACCACGAGCCUGGCGCCGACACUCUCGAGCGAACUGUUCACCUCUCAGGCCGAGACCAGCACCCCCAGGACAGAGACGACACUGAGCCGCUUGACUGAGACCACCACUAGCCAGAGCACUACCCGCUGUCAACCGAAGUGUGAGUGGACAGAGUGGUUUGACGUGGACUUCCCAACCUCAGGGGUCGCAGGCGGGGACAUGGAAACUUUUGAAAACAUCAGGGCUGCUGGCGGCAAGAUGUGCUGGGCACCAAAGAGCAUAGAGUGCCGGGCGGAGAACUACCCCGAGGUAAGCAUUGACCAGAUCGGGCAGGUGCUGACCUGCAGCCUGGAGACGGGGCUGAUCUGCAAGAAUGAGGACCAGACAGGCAGGUUCAACAUGUGCUUCAACUACAAUGUGCGUGUGCUGUGCUGUGACGACUACAGCCACUGCCCCCACACAGCCGCCCCCACGCCCACCUCCUCCACACAGGCACCCAGACUCACCUCCAUGGGGGCCACCAGCCCCACAGUGACUGCCUCCACAGCCAUUGCAACCUGGAGCACGAAGUCACCAGCAGUAACAGGAUCCUCCACUCUGGCCACCACUCAAAUUGGCCCCAGCUUCUCCAAGACCACAGAGAGGGUGUCUCUCCCCAGUCCCUCUGCCCCUCCACCUUCCACCGCCAGCCUCCUCCCUACCAGGGGGCAGCAGACCUCCCAGGCUCCAUCCAUGCCCACCAGUCCAAUUGUGACCAGCACCCCCACAACGUCCCCCGUGGUGACCACCCGUGUGCACACAACCCUGCGGACUUCCAGCUCUGGGCCCACCAUCAGGACGACCCUGCCCUCUGGCCCCCCGUCUCCCAGCACGGGCUGUGUGCCUCGCUGCACCUGGACAGACUGGUUUGAUGAGGACCACCCCAGCUCUGACCCUGAUGGUGGGGACUUUGAGACCUUUGGGGUCAUCCGCUCUGCUGGCCAUACCUUCUGCGAGCAUCCAUGGGACAUUGAGUGCCGCUCUGAGAAGGAGCCCAACCAACCCCUGGAGGCCCUGGGGCAGGUGGUGCAAUGUGACGUGAGCAUUGGGCUGGUGUGUAGGAACCGUGACCAGUCUGGGCCCCUGUGGUACUGCCACAACUUUCAUGUGCGGCUGUUGUGCUUGGCCACCAGCUCCAUGGCCACGCCCUCCUCCACUCUGGGGACGACCGGGAUCCUCACAGAGCCGACCACUACAGCCAUCACAACAGUGGCCACAGGCUCCACGGCCAUACCCUCCUCUACUCUGGGAACAACCGGGAUCCACACAGAACCAACCACCACUGCCACCAUAAGUGUGGCCACCAGCUCCACAGCCACGCCCUCCUCCCCUCCGGCGUCAACUUGGUUCCUCACAGAGCUGACCACUACAGCCAUCACAACCAUGGCCUCGGGCUCCACAGCCACCCUGACCUCCACCCCGGGAACAACGUACCCUCCCAAAGUGUUGACCAUCACAGCCACCACACCCACAGCCACCAGCUCCAAAGCAACCCCCUCCUCCACUCCGGGGACGACCUGGAUCCUCACAGAGCCGACCACUCUAGCCACCCCGACUGAGGCCACUGGCUCCACAGCCACCAUACCCACAGCGCCCAGCUCCUCAGCCACCCCUUUCUCCAGCCCAGGGACUGCAGGCACCCUUCCAGUGCAGACCACUACAGCAACCACGACCAUGGCCACUAGGUCUACUGCCAUCCCCUCCUCCACUGUGGGAACAGCUGGCACCCCCAAAGUGCUGACCACCAUGGCCACCAGGCCCACAGCCACUGGCUCCACGGUUCCCAGCUCGUCCACCCUGGGGACCACCCACACCCCCGCAGUGCGCCCCAGCAGCCUGCCAGCCUUCAGCGUGUCCACUGUGUCCUCCUCAGUCCUCACCACCCUCAGACCCACUCACUUCCCCAGCUCCCACUUCUCUACUCCCUGCUUCUGCAGGGCAUUUGGACAGUUCUUCUCACCUGGGGAAGUAAUCUACAAUAGGACAGACCGAGCCGGCUGCCAAUUCUAUGCUGUGUGCAACCAGCACUGUGACCUCGACCGCUUCCAGGGCACCUGCCCCACCUCCCCACCACCAGCGUCCUCCACCCUGCUGCCCUCGCCCUCCCCUGCCCCUGGCUGUGACAAUGCCAUCCCUCCCCGGCAGGUGAAUGAGACCUGGAUCCUGGAGAACUGCACGGUGGCCAGGUGCGUGGGUGACAACCGUGUCGCCCUGCUGGACCCAAAGCCCGUGGCCAAUGUCACCUGCGUGAACAAGCACCUGCCCAUCAAAGUAUCGGACCCGAGCCAGCCCUGUGACUUCCACUAUGAGUGCGAGUGCAUCUGCAGUGUGUGGGGCAGUUCCCACUAUUCCACCUUUGACGGCACCUCUUACACCUUUGAGGGCAACUGCACCUAUGUCCUCAUGAGAGAGAUCCACGCACGCCUUGGGAAUCUCAGCCUCUACUUGGACAACCACUACUGCGUGGCCUCUGCCGCUGCCGCCAGCUGCUCCCGCGCCCUCAGCAUCCACUACAAGUCCAUGGAUAUCGUCCUCACCGUCACCACGGUGCAUGGGAAGGAGGAGGACCUGAUCCUGUUUGACCAAAUUCCGGUGAGCAGCGGUUUCAGCAAGAACGGCGUGCUUGUGUCUGUGACGGGGACCACCACCAUGCGCGUGGACAUUCCUGCCCUGGGUGUGAGCGUCACCUUCGAUGGCCACAUCUUCCAGGCCCGGCUGCCCUACAGCCUCUUCCACAACAACACCGAGGGCCAGUGCGGCACCUGCACCAACAACCAGAGGGACGACUGUCUCCAGCGGGACGGAACCACUGCCACCAGCUGUAAGGACAUGGCCAAGACUUGGUUGGUCCCUGACAGCAGAAAGGACGGCUGCUGGGCCCCGACCGGCACGCCCCCCACUGCCAGUCCCCCGGCCCCGGUGUCUAGUGCACCCACCCCCAGCCCGUGCCCGCCGCAACCACUCUGUGAUCUGAUGCUGAGCCAGGUCUUUGCCGAGUGCCACGACCUUGUGCCCCCGGGCCCAUUCUUCAAUGCCUGCAUCAGCGACGGCUGCCAGGGCCGCCCCGAGGUGCCCUGCCAGAGCCUGGAGGCCUACGCAGCGCUCUGCCGCGCCCGGGGAGUGUGCAGUGACUGGCGAGGUGCAACCGGCGGCCUGUGCGAUCUCACCUGCCCACCCACCAAAGUGUACAAGCCGUGCGGCCCCAUACAGCCUGCCUCCUGCAACUCCAGGAACCAGAACCCACAACUGGAGGGGCUGGCGGAGGGCUGCUUCUGCCCCGGGGACCAGAUCCUCUUCAGCGCACACACGGGCACCUGCGUGCAGGACUGCACCUGCGUGGGACCUGAUGGGUUUCCCAAAUCUCCCGGGCAGCAGUGGAACAGCAACUGCCAGUCCUGCGUGUGUGAUGAGGGCUCAAUGUCGGUGCAGUGCAAGCCCCUGCCCUGUGAGGCCCAGGGUCCCCCCCCACCGUGCAGCCACCCCGGCUUCGUGACCGUGACCAGGCCCCGGGCCAAUGACCCCUGUUGCCCUGAGACCGUAUGCGUAUGCAACACAAGCACCUGUCACCAGAGCCCACCCGUGUGCCCGCCAGGGCAGGAGCUGAUCAGCACCCAGAAGGAGGGCGACUGCUGUCCCACCCUCCUCUGCAAACCUCAGCUGUGUUCCUACAACGGCAUCUUCUAUGGGGUUGGUGCAAUCUUCCCAGGGGCCCUUCCCUGCCACAUGUGUACCUGCCUCUCUGGGGACACCCAGGACCCAACAGUGCAAUGUCGGGAGGACACCUGCCACAAUACUACCUGCCCCCAGGGCUUUGAGUACAAGAGCGUGGCCGGGCAGUGCUGUGGGGAGUGCGUGCAGACCGCCUGCCUCACGCCCGAUGGUCCGCCAGUCCAGCUGAACGAAACCUGGGUCAAUAGCCGUGUGGACAACUGCACCGUGUACCACUGUGAGGUCGAGAGCGGAGUCUAUUUGCUGACCCCACAGCCUGCAUCCUGCCCAGAAGUGUCCAGCUGCAGGGGGAGCCUCAGGAAAACUGGCUGCUGCUACUCCUGUGAGGAGGACUUCUGUCAGGUCCGCGUCAACACGACCGUCCUGUGGCACCGGGGCUGCAAGACCGAGGUCAACAUCACCUUCUGUGAGGGCUCCUGCCCCGGAGAGUCUAGGUACUCGGCAGAGGCCCAGGCCAUGCAGCACCAGUGCACCUGCUGCCAGGAGAGGCGGGUCCACGAGGAGACGGUGCCCUUGCGCUGUCCCGACGGCUCGACUGUCCUGCACACCUACAACCAUGCUGUCUCCUGUGAGCUGCUUGCCUGGGGCCUGCAGGCUGGAGAACACAUCUGGGGGACAGUGAAGGACCCCCAGCAGCCACUGAGGGGCCAGGAAGCCUCUGGGAGGGCCAGGCAGGGGGGCGGUUACAGGCAGACUGUGACCUGGGGAGACGAGAGCAAUGCUCGUGCCUGGCUGCGGAAGCCUCUGCUGUGGGUGCAGAGUGGGGCCUUCCCCACACUGGGGCCUUCCCCACACUGGGGCCUGCCUCUGCCCUCUGCCCUCUGCCCUUGGAAAAUGGGCAUUCAUCCUGAAACCACCAAGCAGCUCAGAGAUGCCAGCAUCCUGAAAGAGAGCAAACACUCUGUCAGUAGAGAAAGACAAAGGCCAUGCGCUCAAGCUAUCAGGUUUAAUAGGAUGAUUUUAUUUUUUAAGAUUAGAGGAUAUGGAGGACAGAUUUGGAAAUCUCAACACUUUUUCUAG